AUGACAGGACAACAGUAUCCGCAGCCGAUGCGGCAAUCAGGCUCUCUUGACCAGUUCGAAAAGUUCGAAUUGACUCCGAUCCUGGGUACAGAGUUUCGUCAGGUUGAUGUGACAGAGUGGUUGACUAGCCCUGACUCCGACCGCCUGCUGCAAGAUCUCGCAAUUCUUAUUGCCGAGCGCGGUGUGGUGUUCUUUCGCGGACAGACGAACCUUGACAACGAGCGUCACAAGGAGCUGAUCAACCGAAUUGGAGCUCUCGGCGGCAAGCCUAAAGAUAAUGGACUCUAUGUUCACCCAUUGUACCAGAUUCGCCAAGAGCCAGAUCCUGAACUCCAGCUUCUCAACCCGGAGGGCGUCAUCAAAAUCUACGGCAAGACGGCCAAAGGCGACAAGAAGCAGUCGGGUAUCAACGAAUGGCACACGGAUAUUUCUUUCGAGGCGAAUCCACCAGAUUACAGUAGUUUGCGCUUGACAGACCUUCCUCCAGGAGGAGGUGGAGACACACUCUGGGCCUCUUCCUACGACGUGUAUGACAAGCUCAGCACUCCCUAUCAGAAAUUCUUCGAGGAUCUGACCGCCACCUACUCACAGGAGGCUUUGAACCAAGUGGCAGCCUCCAAGGGUACUACCAUCUUCCAGGGCCCUAGGGGCUCCCCCGCCAAUACGGGCUCAGCCUUGACUUCAGUCCACCCCGUGGUGCGAACCCAUCCUAUCACUGGAUGGAAAGGAGUGUUUGCAUUGGGAGUGCAUUGUCAUCAUAUCAACGAUGUCACCAAGGUAGAGAGUGAUGAGAUUCUAGAGAAGAUCAUUCAUCUCGUUGCGCUGAAUCCAGACCUGCAAGUCAGAUUCCGGUGGGAGAAUUCCCACGACAUUGCUAUUUGGGACAACAGAGCCGUUUACCAUGCGCCCAUCCAGAAUCAUGUUGGAAAGCGCCGCGGUUGGCGUGUUCUCUCCGUAGGAGAACGCCCAUAUCUCGACCCGACCAGCGUAUCCAGAGCGGAGUAUUUAGCUAGUCUCGCAGAAAGGGAGAAUGGUACUGCGGAGGCCAAGAAAGAUACGGCUGCUGAUUCUAUCGAAGGUCCUCAUAAAUUGGGAAAUGGCAGCAAUGGCCGGGUUGAAGCUGCUUCGAGUGUCGCUAUCGAGUGA